AUGGCAAGUUUGAAGAAAAUCCUGGCGAUAGUUGUUUUGAUUCAAUGCGCUACACUGAGCGAAUCUUCUCGUAUGUUGGAGAAGAAGAAGAAGAAAACGGAUGGCAAUACAUUUAAUGUGAUUAGCUUCGGAGCUGUUGGAGAUGGAGUCGAAGAUGAUUCCAAGGGCUUUAAGGAUGCUUGGAAUGCUGCUUGCGGUUCCUCAGCUUCGUCACCAAUGGUUGUUGUGCCUCAAGGGAAGACCUUUCUGCUUCAACCCUUAACUUUGGAUGGCGAAUGCAACUCAAACAACUCUACAUUCCAGAUUGAUGGGAACAUUAUAGCCCCAAGCGAACCCUCUGCAUGGGAACGCAAAAGAAACUGUCACCAUUGGAUUGGAUUCAAAAAUUUUGAUGGUCUCUUCAUUCAAGGGUCUGGUACAAUCAAUGGACAUGGAUCUAAAUGGUGGAAGCUUUCUUGCAAAGACAAGAACAAGGGCUGUCACUUUCGGAAACCAACCGGUUUUAUGAUAGCAAACUCCAAGAACGUAGAGAUUAAAGGCUUAACCUUUGAAGACAGUCCAAAAAUGCACAUUGCAUUUGAGAACUCGAUUUGCAUUCACGCCACUGAUCUUACAAUCAAAGCUCCAGGAAACAGUCCCAACACUGAUGGCAUUCAUAUCCAACGUUCCACCAACGUUACCAUGGACAAGACAAUUAUUCAAACCGGUUUGCUAGGAGGCCACGGAUAUGCACGAAACGUUAAGUUUGAACGCAUAACUUCUUAUGCUUCUGCUCGACCUAUUGUUAUCGAUCAAUUUUAUUUUCCUCAUAAACAGUGCAAGAACCAAACAUCGGGUGUGGAGAUCAGCAAUGUAAGCUAUGAAGAAAUCCAUGGAACAUCACACAAAGAAAUAGCAGUGCAACUUUCAUGCAGUGAGUCCACUCCAUGCAAAAACAUCACCACGAAGAACAUUAAUCUCAAGAAUGAAGACCAAAACGACAACACGCUGUCGUAUUGCCACAAUGCUCAUGGCCUUAGAAAUGGAAGGUUUAUAAACGCAACACGUGUCAAAUAA